UCGCCGUCGAUGGCUUGCCAUAUCCUGCAGUGAAGAAGAGCCAAGCGCGUAGCUCUAAACGGAAGGUCAGCAUGGUCCAGAAAAUACUAAACAAGUUCGUCGGGGCGAAAUAUGUAUCAAUAUUGAGGGCUUGGGUCCCCAACAUGGUGGCGUGGGGCACGGUGGGUGGUGUGGCACUUGUUCACUUCACAGACUGGCGGUUAAUCCUUGACUAUGUGCCCUACAUAAAGGGGAAGUUCAAGAAGGACGAGUGAACCGUCACGUGCAGAUUGAUGAACGCUUGAAGAUGAACUCAUGACUUCUCCACCGCUACAAUCGCCACACUCUGCCCCCGGGACCCCACGGAUUCUGCGAUCCAUCUUUGCAUAUUUAACAUGAACAGAGCAACUUGGUCUGCCCAACUCUACUGUACAUUUCCGGUCAUUAAAACAUAUAUUUUUUUUGUGGAAACAUGCUGGUGUUUUCAUCUGUAUGUUUGCUUUCAAAGAAAACAUGAGGAGGUUGAGAAUGGUAUUUGCACUAAAAUAAAAAAUAUUUUGAUCUGAA